CCUUCUGGCGCCCCCUUUGGCAGGAAGUGGGUAGGCGAGGAGGAGGAGGAGGAGGAGGAGGGGGGAGCCUGAACCAAGGAAAUUAAACACACGGCGGCGGAGGGGCCGCUUUAUAUCGCGAGGCGGCUUCGGCUCCGGGAAAGGCGACCUGCCGAGGGGGCGCAGUGGCAGCCCUUCGGGCCCCUCCCCUCCCCCCUCCUGGGCUUCUUCGCCGGAUCCCGGCUCCGCCCCGCCCUCCCGUGGCUGGGAGGGCUGGCCUGGGUCGUUGGCGCGCCCCCUUCGGGGUAGACUCUAGGCCUAGCUGGAAGCAGAGGAUUUGAAACAAAACUUCAGAGAGGGAUCCUUGGGACCUGACACAAUGGAGACGGAAAGUGAGCAGAAUUCAAAUUCAGCCAGUGGCAGCUCAGGCUCUGGUGGAAGCACUCGCCCACAGAUAUCGCAAAUGACUCUCUACGAGCGGCAGGCAGUGCAGGCCCUUCAAGCACUACAGCGACAACCCAAUGCAGCCCAAUACUUUCAUCAAUUUAUGCUUCAACAACAGCUCAACAGUGCUCAACUUCACAGUCUGGCUGCAGUCCAGCAGGCCACAAUUGCAGCCAGCAGACAGGCAGGCUCUCCAAACACAAGCUCCCCUCAGCAGACAGCCACCACACAGGCUUCAAUUAAUCUGGCUACCACAUCAGCUGCACAGUUAAUCAGUCGCUCACAAAGCGUGAGUUCACCUGGUGCCACAACACUGACACAAUCAGUCCUUCUAGGGAACACCACUUCACCACCUCUUAACCAGUCACAAGCUCAAAUGUAUCUUCGGCCGCAGCUGGGGAACCUGUUGCAGGUGAACCGGACCUUGGGCCGCAAUGUACCUCUUACUUCCCAGCUCAUCUUGAUGCCAAACGGGGCUGUGGCUGCUGUUCAGCAGGAAUCACCUUCCACGCAUGCUCCUGGGGUCCACACAGACACAGACCAGGUGCAGAAUUUGGCUGUCAGGAGCCAGCAGACUUCAGUAGCUAAUGCAUCACUCCAAGCUUCUACUCCGAAGGCUACUUUGCCAGGGAAUUCCCAGUCCUCAGUACUACCCCAAGCUGCCCAUGCUGGCCAGACUUUGACAGUAACACAAGCAUCUUCUGGCAAUGUAGGCCAGUCACUCAAUCUCAGCCAAGGUGCAGCAGGAAGUAAUGGCAUUUCCGGAGGCAUGGCCUCAUCAGUAGGGAGUCAUGCUACCACCGGGUUGAACCAGUCAACUUCAUCUGGCCCAGGAUCCAACUACCAAAGGAAAGGCACUGGUGUAGUUCAGCCUUUACCAGUAUCUUCUGCUCCCCAGGCAGUGACUGUGAGCCAAGGAAGUCAGACAGAGGCAGACAGCGUGGCAGCAAAGAAGGCUGAAGGUGAUGGCAAUGGGCAACAGACUGUGGGCAUGAAUCUGACCAGGACAGCUACACCAGCCCCAAGCCAAACUUUGAUCAGCUCUGCCACAUAUACCCAAAUCCAGCCUCAUUCACUGAUCCAGCAACAGCAGCAAAUUCACCUCCAGAAGCAAGUGGUGAUCCAGCAACAAAUUGCUAUCCAUCACCAGCAGCCAUUCCAGCAUCGUCAGUCCCAACUCCUGCACACGGCUACACACCUCCAACUGGCCCAGCAGCAGCAGCAGCAGCAGCAGCAGCAGCAAGCUCCACCUAUGGCCCAACAGCAGCAGCAGGGGCCACCACAGGUCCCGCCACAGGCCCCGUCUCUUCACGGCCAACAGCAGGCCCAGACUCUUGUUGUCCAGCCCAUGUUGCAGUCACAACCUCAGGCCAUGCAGCUCCAGCAGGACGGUCAUUGCCCAACAGUCGCCAAGACCCCUGUCCCUAUUCAGUCCAAGCCCCCCAUCGCCCCUCUGAAACCCCCACAAAUUGGUGCUGCCAAAAUGUCAGCCUCUCAGCAGCCCCCACCUCAUAUACCAGUACAGGUCGUAGGGAAUCGCCAGCAAGGUUCGGCUCAGGCCUUAGGGCUUCCUCAGAUGAACACAGCUGUGCAGGCCCCCCGCAGUGUCCCAGCUUUAGUGCAGCCAGUGUCCCAAACCCAUACAGCGUCCUCAUUAGCCCAGAUCUCUUCCUCCUCUUCCUCUUCUUCGGUAUCAUCAUCACCACCACCACCUACUCUACAAGAAGCCCUUCCUCCGCUCACUGCUGGAGCCAAUGUAACCCAGGGCACAACGCAGAGCAAGCCCCAGGCUUUAGCAGUCAAGCGCAAGGCGGAAUCCGAAGAGGAGAGAGAGGAUUGUAGUGCACCAUCUUUACAGGCUGUCAGAUCUUCUCCUGUGGCUGAGAGUCCUAAAACCACAGAAGAUAAGGGUGGCCUUGGAGAGAAGACUGACUCUUUCACCAGUGGUACUCUAAAUGCAUCCCCAAGUGACCCCAACUCUGCAAAUCCAACCAUUGCUUCUGUUCCUACACUGGCUGUGUUGUCACGUCAGACUGGAGAUUCCAAACCUCCGCAAGCCAUAGUCAAGCCUCAGAUUCUUACGCAUAUCAUAGAGGGCUUCGUCAUUCAAGAAGGGGCAGAGCCUUUCCCGGUGGGCUACUCUCAGUUCCUUAAAAACUUUGAAAAGCCUCUUCAAGGGGCCAAUCCUUCUAGGCAGCCUAACAACCUAUCCAGCAACUCUCCUGGAGUAGAGAGUUUAACCGUUGAUCAAGACAAGAAAGGAAACUUGCUGAAAUGUGAGUUCUGUGGCAAGUAUGGCCCUGCCAGUCAGUUCCGUGGUUCCAAGAGGUUCUGUUCUGUAACGUGUGCAAAAAGAUAUAAUGUGAGCUGCAGCCACCAACUACGUCUGCAAAGGAAAAAAAUAAAAGAGCUCCAAGAAGCAAACUAUGCUCGUCGUCGACGUGGACCCCGGCGCAACAGCUCUGAGAUUGCUCGAGCCAAAAUCCAGGGCAAGCAUCACCAGGGCCAAGAAGAUUCAAGCAGAGGAUCUGAUAAUUCUAGUUAUGAUGAAACACUCUCCCCUACAUCACCGGGACCUCUUUCAGUGAGAUCUAGUCAUGGGGAGCGAGACCUUGUCAAUUCCAGCAUGACUCAGCCCAUUUCUGACUUGCAUGGUAUCAAUCCAGUUUUCCUGUCCAGCAAUCCUAGUCGCUGGAGUGUGGAGGAAGUAUAUGAGUUCAUUGCAUCCCUGCAAGGCUGCCAGGAGAUUGCAGAGGAGUUUCGCUCCCAGGAGAUAGAUGGCCAGGCCUUGCUUCUGCUAAAAGAAGAACAUCUCAUGAGUGCCAUGAAUAUCAAAUUAGGUCCAGCUCUCAAAAUCUGUGCCAAAAUCAACAUUCUUAAAGAGACCUAACACUGGAAUGCAGAUUUUCUUUCUUUCCUAACUGCAAUGAAUACACUAAAUGCAAGAAAAGAUUUCUUUCACACGCUUGUAUCUUGAUGAUACUUGAGGAAGGAAGAACUCCCUUGGAGGCCUUGAAACAUCUUGUGAAAAGCAUAGAAUAUCUUCGGCUGUGCUAUGAAUUGUUCCCGACGGAAAAAGGCAAAAAAAAAAAAAAAAAAAGGUUCUGUGCUGAAGCUGUGAAUCCUUCCUGUCAAGUUCCUGGAUUCUCAUAUUUUUCUCCCAGUAGAAUCAUUCUUUCCACAUGGUUUCAAUUUUCAGGGGAGCAAUUGAUACUUCAUCUUUUCUCUUUGGAUCAGUAAAGAAAUGUUUUAAAUGCCAUCUUUUCUAAUUGAAGUGUUGAUUGAAGGUAAGUAGUAAAUUGAUUUCAUAUAGAAUACUGGAGGGAACAUUAAUUGAACAUUAAAGACUAGAGCUGGCCCAGGUUUAAUGGGACUCUCCAGAAGACAUUAUUUCUGAUAAUGCCAUCAGAGGGUUUAAAUAUUUUUAAUUCCACUUGUGUCUCUUGUGGUGUUUGGAGAAGAAUUACUCAAGAGCCAAAGGAGAGUCCAACGCAAUUGAAGCUCCAAGUGUUUCAUCCUGCUUUUUAAAAAAUUGUCUUCUUUGGGUUUUGUAUCUUACCCUUUCCCUUAUGAUGAGAGCACAUAUGGGACAAACUUUCUAUCAGGUUUGUAUCUUCUGUCCAAAGCCUGUUUAUUUUUGUUUAUUAAGCAAAUUAUUCAGUAAAAGGAAUGCUUCAUAAACAAUAUUGCAAUCUUCCUGUUGUCUGAUUUUUCUCACCAACUUUUGCACAAUCAGGUUUGCAGCUUGUUUUGAAUUCUCUCAAGCUUUGGUAUUAUUCCAUGAAUUUAAAUUUUAGAAAUGAUUUUGUGAUCUAUUUGUAAAAGUAGAAUAUAUAUCUAUCCAAAAUAUUUAAAAUGCAAAGCUCACCUUGUACUAGAAGAAGGGUUUACAAUGCCAGCAUUGAAAGGUUUUCUUUAUUGACGUGCAGUUCUAUCAGUAAGUUGUUUUUCUAUAUUCAUAUCUACUAUGAUCCAAAUUAUUUCAGCUUUCAACAAACAAAAGAAUGUAUAUGGUAUAUUUCAGCUUCUGGACUUAGCCCACACUUAUCAGAGUUGUUCCAGCCCUAUUUCCUACCAUUGAAUCCUGCUCUUUUCCUUUGAUUUAGGCCUGGAGGAUGUGUCAAUGUCUUCCAAAGAAAAGUUAGCACAAAACUACAUUGAGAUCAUGACUCUGUGUUUGAACUAAAAGUGUUUACCUGUAAUUCACAAACUGUUUGGAGACAUUUAAUCAUACACAUAUUUUGAAAUUUCAAGUCAUUUUUAAUGUUAAAGUUGCAUCUCUUUAAUACAAAAUCUUUUAAACUUUACUAUGAAAAAAUGACAUAAGUAAUGCCCCAUUUCUUUUCUCUUAUAAAAGAGCCUGGCAAAGAGGGCUAUACUAUGUCUCAAAUCUUAUCUCAGCUAUAGUACUUCUUUGUAAAAGGAGUAAGAAUAGAUAUAGCCUAUAGAUAUACCUGGAGAUUUACUCCCACUUAGAUCCACCAAUUCCAUUAGGAAGAGACCAAGUAAAGAUGUAACUAUUUAUUUCCCCUCAUUUCCCCCAAAGCUAAUAUUCCCAGCAAGUUCAAGUGAAUUCAGGAGUCCUAACUGCAUUUUAAAUGCAAUUUUGAGAAUUGUCGUUAAGAAACAGUACAACAUGCACCAAAGAAAAGGAAGCAAAUCCCUGAAGCAAACAGACCUGUCAUCCAUAUAUAUGGAGGGAGGGAGAGAGAGAGAGAAAUUUUGACACUAUUCAUA